AUGGAAACUGAAGCUGCUACUGCACCUCACCUGGCAGCUCUUGCUGACACAGAUAUCAAUUGGGACAAGAAUCUUGGUUAUAGUGACAAUGUGGACAAGAAACCGUCUCACAUGCAGAUGGUUGCGGUCCAGGCUACAACUAGAUUGGCAGCUGGUACCUGUUCGUCAGUUAUUGAUGAUUAUGGUGUUGGGAAACCUUCAGUACUAAAGACAACAAAAAUGCUUCUUAGAGAAGAUGGAUGGAAAGGAUUCUAUAGAGGGUUUGGACCUAGGUUCCUCAAUAUGUCUUUCUAUGGAACAACAAUGAUCGUCACCUAUGAGAUAAUCAAGAGAUUAUCUAUUAAGCAAGUUUGA